AGAAUGACAGAACAUCUGAGUGGAUUAGCAGCUCAGAGGAGUUUAAAAAGGGGGCCGUCACACUGAGAGAGCAUCGACACAAGUGAGAAGUCAACAGACUCUUCAGGCAGCAACAGAAAACUACUUUGGGACUUUGAUCAACAGUAGCUUCAUUCAAAAUGGCAGACAUAGCCGUUGCAGCUCCCGCCGAGAGGAAGGCACCUCCAAAAUUCAAGCAGAGGGCCGCUCGUACUUUCAAGAGCAAGGCCCCUAAACCAGGCCAGAAGGGAUUUGGAGAUGACAUUCCUGGCAUGGAGGGUCUCGGCACAGACAUCACAGUUGUUUGCCCAUGGGAAGCCUUUGGGGACAUGGAGCUCAGCGACCUGGCAAAAUAUGGAAUUCUUUAGUUCUUUCUUCCUUGAUCUUUGUCCACAUUCCUAAUCCACCACUUAUAAAAUAGUUCCUAAUCUAUGAUCUGUAUGCUAUACAGUAUUUUGUGAUUUAGAGCACUUUAUUUUCCCUUGGUGUCCCCUAGUUUUUCACCAAUCCUCUAUCAUCCGUUCCAACAUUUUUUCUCUAGCUUCUCAUUUUCCUCUGUAACCAGUGUCAGUGCUGGGGGCAGGGGGGAUUGGAAUCUAUCAUAUAUGUUGGGAUUAUUAAAGACAAUUUGACACCUGUUAUUGGCUUUCAUGUUUCCCUUGAUCUUCUGCACAUGCAAAGAUGUACUAAAUCAAUUAUAAAUCUUUAUUUUUGUGUGAAUAUCUAUCAUUUACAUCAGUCUUCUGUGAAUAAGAAUAAUUAUAUUUUCUGAUUUUGAGAGGAAGAAUUGCAUAAAUGCAAUAAAUAUUUUCCAUAGGACA